UUUGAUUAUUCUGAUAGCAAAUUCCAGAAGCUCUUGCAAUUGAUUGAUAAAAACAUGGACAUUCAAGACAGUGUUUGGAUGCAGCUGUACAAAGCCUUUCCAGCCCUUGUGAAAUACUUGCCAGGUCCCCAUCAGACCCUUCUUAACAUUUGGAGAAAUCUCAAAUCCUUUGUGAGAGAAAUAGUUGACAAGCACAAAGAAGAUUGGAACCCACAUGAAACAAGAGACUUCAUUGAUGCUUAUUUGAACGAAAUGGCCAAGGAAGACGCUGCUCCCAGUUUCCAUGAGGAAAACCUGCUACAAUCUGCACUGGAUCUUUUUGCUGCCGGAACAGAGACGACUUCCGCAACGGUCCGCUGGGCUCUGCUGUACAUGGCCCUUCACCCAGACAUCCAAGCAAAAGUCCAAGCAGAAAUCGAUUCCGUGAUUGGCCAGUCACGACAGCCGGCAGUGGAGGACCGGGAUCGCAUGCCCUACACCAACGCAGUCAUUCACGAAGUCCAGAGGAUCGGCAACAUCGUGCCUCUAAAUGUGCCCCGGAUGGCCACGAGGGACACGACCCUGGCUGGGUUUUUCCUGCCCAAGGGAACUGUCAUAAUGCCCAGCCUGACCUCCGUGCUGCUUUGCAAGGAUGAAUGGGAAACUCCCAAUGUGUUCAAUCCUGACCAUUUCCUCGAGAACGGGAGCUUCAGGAAAAGGGAAGCGUUCAUCCCGUUCUCUGCAGGGAAGCGCGUGUGUCUCGGGGAGCAGCUGGCCAGGACGGAGCUUUUCCUUUUCUUCACUGCUCUGAUCCAGAAGUUCACUUUCCAGCCUCCAGAGAAUGUGACACUAUCCUGCAACGCCCGGGCAGGCUUUACACUGGCUCCUCCACCGUACCGGAUACACGCGUUCUCUCGCUGAUGGAAGCCACGUGAUCCUUGGCCAGCUGUCAAUUCCCUCCCCUUCUGUUCCUGGGGGCCAUGGUGGAAGCUGUGGCAGCCACGGUCCCUUGCUGUGCUUUGCCGGGGUGGGGAAUGGUUGUGCAUGUUUAAUGUCAUGGGACUGG